AACAAUCAAGGCAAAAAGAUGGCAGCGGUGUCGGCUGAUGCCCAGCAGAAUGUGGUUUCCAGGGUUGCUAGUUUGCCCCUGGUAAGUUCCACCUACGAUAUGGUCUCUUCUGCUUAUAUCAGCACAAAAGACAAUUACCCCUAUCUUAAAUCUGUCUGUGAGAUGGCAGAGAAAGGAGUGAAGACUAUUACAGCAGUGGCCCUGACCAGUGCCCUGCCCAUCAUCCAAAAAUUGGAGCCGCAAAUUGCAGUGGCCAAUAACUAUGCUUGCAUGGGAUUGGACAAAGUUGAAGAAAAAUUGCCUAUACUGUAUCAGCCAACUGAUAAGGUGGUUGCCAAUGCUGUGGAUGCAGUUGUUGGUGCAAGGGAUGCCGUAACAACCACUGUGACUGGUGCCAAGGAUACAGUCACACACACCCUUAGUGAAGUUGUUGACAAGACAAAAGGAGUUGUUCUGGACAGUGUGGAGCUAACUAAAUAUGCAGUCCAUGGCAGCAUUAACACUGUUCUGCAGAGUCGUAUGGUGUGCCUAGUGACCAUCGGGGUGGAUACCGCACUCAGCAAGUCUGAAAUUCUGGUUGAUCAGUACCUUCCACAUACCACAGAAGAACUGGAAAAACAAGCUACCAACAUCAAAGGAUUUGAAACUGGAGAUCAGAAGCUAAGUUACUAUGUUAGACUAGGAUCUUUGUCUUCAAAGGUUCGAGCACGUGCCUAUCAACAGACUCUAAAUGCAUUUAGGGAUGCUAAGCUCAGAAGCCAAGAGACAAUUUCUCAGCUCAAUUAUACUGUUAACCUGCUGGAAUAUGCCAGAAAGAACAUGACUAAUGCUAACGUGAAACUUCAAGAUGCUCAACAGAAAUUAUAUAAUUCCUGGACAGAAUGGAGGAAAAACAUUAGCCAAAAUGGUGAGGCACCUUCACACAGUGCUGAGCACAUUGAAUCACGCACUCUAGCAAUUGCACAGAACUUGAGUCAGCAGCUUCAGACCACCUGCCUCACGCUGGUGUCCAGCAUACAGGGUUUGCCACAGAACGUUCAGGACCAGGUUCACCACGUUGGGGAAAUUGCAGGAGACGUGUACAAAAGCUUCCGGUCAGCCUCUUCUUUCAGAGAAGUGUCUGACAACCUUCUUACCUCUAGUAAAGGCCAGUUGAAGAAAAUGAAAGAAUCGCUGGAUGAUGUGAUGGAUUAUCUUGUUAACAACACACCCCUCAACUGGCUGGUAGGUCCCUUUUACCCACAAUUGGCUGGCCCUCACAAUGCUGAGCACAAAGGUGAAGGGGAUAAAAAAACCAACCAGGAGAACAAACGGCCUGAACAAAAGGAAGAAUAAAUUGCAGCAGGCAAAUGUACAUUUAGUGCCCUAACUAACAAGAUGGCUUAGCCAGUAGCAGAAUUUUGUUUUAUUUCCAUUAAAGUUUUCUCUGUCAAAGGGAACUGUCAUAAUGAAACAGUGCUGCACGUUUAAGUUGUAUGUCCUUUGCUUAAGUGGACUGAAAAAUGUGGGUGCCUUAUGACUUCUAAACCUCAGCUGAUUACAUUGGAGACUACAGCUUGUUCAGCUAUUUAGCUAUGAAGCCCCAUCUUGCCUUAGGAAUUGAUCUUUAAAACAAAGCCUUCCAAUGUAUAUUAGAAAACAAAGCAAACCACUUAAUUAGAAAAGAACUUUGGGAAAAAAAUACUGUAAGGUAAUCAGAAUAUCGAUACCCUUGCACUCAUGCUAUUUCUUAAAAACAUUAAGCCACAUUAUUUUAACACUAGAAGAGCACUCUGAUCAACUUCACUGCUCUGUUUGAAUGAAGUUUAUGACUAACAUUUUCAGGUGAACGUUUAUAGUAUUUAAAAUCCUAAGACUUUGUACUACUUAAUCACUCCACUUGAAGUACCCUCAAGUAUUAUGCACUCAGUUCAAGAUUCACACUGUGUGUACGCGGGUAUGUAGCUUGUCUUCAGUAGCACUUUGCCUUGUAAUUCUCCAUGUAUUCUCUCAAGUAAUAAAUGCUUCAGCA